AUCCUUUGCGGCCGGCGGCCGGCAAUAGCACGGCCCGGAUAUAUACAAACCUGGUGAGCGCUAACUUGCGCGACCCGCCAGCUUGAACAUCCAACUGAUCCAACCACCGACCCGGGCGAGCAAGCCAUCUCCGUUUCCUUGCCAGUCCCGCGAGCACCAUUCACCACACCAGCGCAGCCGCCAUGGCCGACGUCGAGAAGGCCACCCCCGUGGCCGCACCGGCCGAGGGCGCGGGCGGCGACGUGGCCGCCGGGAGAACCGGCGCGGUGGCCGCCCUGCUGCGGCGGUGGCGGACCCAGGACCUGCUGGACCGGUCGGGGUCCGCGCUGCGCGCCGCGGCGUGGGCGUUCUCCCUGCUGGCGUUCCUCGUCAUGGCCUGCAACGAGCAUGGGGACUGGAGGCAGUUCGACCGCUACGAGGAGUACAGGUACAUCGUUGCCAUCGGCCUGCUGGCCUUCGUCUACACGACGCUGCAGCUCCUCCGGCACGGCGUCCGCCUCACCGGCGGCCAGGACCUGGAGCCCAAGACCGGCCUCCUCGUUGACUUCGCCGGGGAUCAGGUAACCGCCUACCUGAUGAUGUCGGCGCUGUCAGCUGCGAUCCCGAUCACCAACCGCAUGCGCGAGGGCGCUGACAACGUGUUCACCGACUCGUCGGCGGCGUCCAUCAGCAUGGCCUUCUUCGCCUUCGUCUGCCUGGCGCUCUCCGCCCUCGUCUCCGGCUUCAAGCUCGCCAAGCAGACAUACAUCUGAUCUGAUACUCCGUACACGGACACUUGCAUAUACACUUCACAUAUUUAUUUGCUCCGUUGUGUACAGUCUGAAUUGCGUGCGUUGUGUACAGUCUGAAUUGCGUGCGUCAUUUACCAUUGUUCUCAUUGUAUACAUAGAUUUGGUUCAUUGUGACUGUAUAAGAGCUACCUCCCAAUUUGAACGUAGACGGUGUACGUAUGGGCGUGUGGUUAGAUGAAUGAAUUGAAGAUACCUACACUACAUUGUUAGAUCCUA